UACUCCUGUUUUUGAAAAUCAAGAGCGUGCUUCUCCUCAGCUUUGCUCAGCUUGUGUGAACACCACAGAACCUAAGGAUUUAGCAACCUGUCCCAGGAACAAAGCUUUGAAAUGUGUUGCUUGUGAGAAAAGUGUCAUCGGGAAAUUUCAUUGCUGGUUUGAUUUGUCUUGCUGCCUUUAAGUGAGUGUGGUUAGACUUUACUGUGAAGCAGUAGGAUGGCCGUAAUUCCGGAUCCAUAACGAGUAACACAGCUGCAAUGUAUUUGCAUUCCCAUUUAGCUGAGGGCACAUCUGAUCCCCGUGCAAGGGGAGCUAUGGAUACUUGCAGGUAUUUAUGACUGAGUUACUUCUGAGGCUGCUGGGUUUUUGUCUGCAGUUGGAGCCUUCAUUAUCUUCCCUUCAGUCCUCUUCCACUUCAUCAACAAGAAGCUCUGCUUUGUUAAGAGAAGUGGGCUCCCAUGCCUGGAACAACAAGGGAGAAGAAAACACUACAAAGACAAGGCCAGAGUUCAUGAGGGCCUUGCUCCCUGAAUGAUAAUUGACAUGAUGGAAAAGCUGAACAACUGAUCACCUGAUCCUGGCACAGCGUUAAACAUGGCUUCUGAGGCUUCUCAGAAUUUCCUUCAGCCGCUGUCUUCUUGGAUGUCUCAAAUAUACGAAGCUAUCCAACACGCAGGAGACUCAAUAUCUGCUUCACUGCUGCAUUUGAGUGGAGCGGGCCGUAAGUCAGAGGAAGAGAGGAACCAGGACUUGGAGAAUAAUGGAGGAGUUUAUGAGGAUUAUUCUGAGGAGUCAGAUGAUGAACGACACCUGGACCUCUGGGAUGAUGAAUACUUAUAUCCCAGAGAAGAUGGUCACAUUGGGGGUCCUGAUCUUGCUUCGGAAGACCUCCCUCGUGCCUCUGACAUGGGCCUGCAGAGCCAAAAACAGGUUAAAAAUACCAGCCGCUUACCAGAACAGUGUGUUGAAAGCACCAGGUCUUCGGCAGCCAAUGGAUCCUACUGGGCGAAUGAAGAUCUCCAGACGUUUGAUCAACUCCCUCCCAUCCCUGAGGAAGAAGGUGAGCCCUCUAGGAGAAUGAGAGGUCAUGAGCACAACCUCAACUUGGGUGACUCCUUAAAAACUAAUAAUGGCAAGGCAAGCUUUGCAGAUCUGGAUGGACUAAGCCAACUGAGUUACCAAGACAACCUGUCUUAUCAUGGAGAUGACCAUGUAUCUGUUGAUUCAAGAACAACAACUGGGAGUAGAGGUGCUGGGCAGUGCUCAGGGCCUGGCAUGGAGCCUGGCAUUGCCGAUGCUGUCAGCCAGCAAGGCACAGAGGGACGUUUGGGAACGGAGACAGCGUUUGCCAACCAGAGGGUUGAAGUAAAUGAUGCUACUGACAGCUCCUCGGCUUGGAGCCCUGAGGAACAUAAUGAAGUGAACAGUGUACCAGAACAUCAUGGUGCUCACGAACCAAUCUGUAAAUGUGGUGAUCUAGAUGUCACCUUCAACUACAAAGCCUCAAGCCAAAAGCUCGUAGUUACCAUCUUGGAGGCCAGGGAUAUCCCAGACAAAGACCGCAGUGGUGUGAAUACCUGGCAAGUGCACACAGUCCUGAUGCCUAGCAAGAAACAAAGGGGCAAAACCAGUGUUCAGAGAGGACCUAUGCCCAUGUUCAAGGAUAAAAUUACCUUCAGUAAGCUGGAGCCAGAGGAGUUAAGCAGCCACGCCGUUCGUUUCCGCCUCUAUGCGGUUCACAAGGUGAUUGGAGAGAAGAUGAUGGGAGAGCAGUUGUUCUACCUGAGCAACAUCAGCCAGGAAAGAGAAGCAAAGGUGUCAUUGGUUUUGGAGCCAAGGAGUAACUUGAGUAGUGCAGACUCUCAGCUUAGUCUGUCAGCGAUCUCUCACAGUGAUAGCACUUCUUCAACACAGUCCCUGUCGCAUGGAGGGGUGCCAGAGCUGCUCGUGGGAUUGUCAUACAAUGCCACGACGGGGCGGCUGUCAGUGGAGAUGAUCAAAGGCAGUCAUUUCCGAAACCUCGCAAUUAAUAGGCCACCUGACACCUAUGGAAAGCUCUGUCUGCUCAACUCUGUGGGUCAGGAGAUGUCUCGCUGCAAGACCUCCAUCCGUCGAGGCCAGCCCAACCCCGUCUAUAAGGAGACUUUCAUCUUCCAGGUUGCCCUCUUCCAGCUCUCUGAUGUCACUCUGAUGAUCUCCAUAUACAACAGACGCAGCAUGAAGCGCAAAGAGAUGAUUGGGUGGAUUUCCAUGGGUCAGAACAGCAGCGGGGAGGAAGAGCAAAGUCAUUGGCAGGAAAUGAGGGAGACAAAGGGGAUGCAGGUCUGCAGGUGGCACACGCUGCUGGAGUCCUAGUGGUUACCAGAGCAGUCUGGGGGCCUGGGACUACGGGCUGUCUUCCUUUCCUCUCAGUCAGCAGAAAAUAGCUGUCUCAGUGACAUGACAAGGGGUAACAGGCACAAGCCACAGGACAUUCCACUUGAACAAAAGGAAAAAUUUCUUUACUGUUCAGGUGAGAGAGCCCUGGCACAGGCUGCCCAGGGCGGGUGUGGAGGCUCAUUCUCUGGAGGAGAAUACAUUCCUGUGCAACCUAAUCAUGGGGAGCCUGCUUUAGCAGGGGGUUGGGCUGGAUGAGCUGCAGAGGUGCUUUCCAACCCACACCGUUCUGCGGUUCUGUGAUCCCAUGGCAAGCUCUGUGCUCCGACAGGUCACAUACACUUUAACCUGACUUCUCAGUGUCAGCAGUCGUGGAUAUUAAAGGUGACCAGGCCUGGGAAGCAAGUUUGAUCCUUGUCUUUCCAGGUUGUCCUGUAUUUUCUACAUCCAAAUAGUUAACCUUAAGAAGAAGCAAUGGGAAUACUUACAAAAUCCUUUCCUUGUUUGUUUUCUUUCUCAUUUUUUGUAGGCUUAAUCAUCACAGGGUGAUUUGGAUGCUGUUUUCUUCUAGGGUAAACUCUGUCUUCCCUCCCUCCCCUUAUUUAUAUUCAUGAACUUUGCAAAUAUUCUUGACACACAGAUAGCUCACAGAAAGGCUGACCUGCAUGCAGAUCACAUCCUCUUCCUUUUAUUAUCGUGUUUCUAAGUCCUAGUCUAAGUCCUGUAGACUAGAUGAUAUACUUUUCAGGAAGCAUGGGAAAACACCCUUGAAUUCCCUGUCAAAGUGCCUAGGCAUUACUACUGUUCUUCUGUACUAAACACUACCAGUGUUUUUAAUUAGGGAUCCUGUGCAUUUGUUAGCCUGCGUUGCCAUAGGUUUUGCACGAGAGAAAACUAGCAUCUGGUUUGUAUUGCAAUUACAGAAUGCAUGUUUAGAUGUUUAUUGAAGUUCAUGGCUUCUCUCAUCAUGAAUACCAAAAAAGACCUGAACACGCUGCACAUCCACCUUUGUGCCUGAAUCACCCUUUUCUGCAUCGUUGUUUUCCCACGUGUUACUUUGGGUUUUAAAAGUGAGAUUCAUUCAGAAAAGCAUUUAUGUGAGCACUACACAGGAAAGCUUUAGACCCGUGGUUUCUCUGUGACUCGGUUAAGCACAAUUCAGUUUGCUGAGGGCUCUUCUUCAAAUGUGCUAUCCUUUUAAUACCUUCUUGGGAUCUGAGAGGGGACUGUUUUUGGCAUGCUGAGCAGUAGAAGAUGCCAGACCACAUCACCUCAUCUUUGGGGCGAGCUGUCCUGCAGACAAGGAAUAGGACCAGGGGCACCCUCUUAGAGGGGCUUCUGGUUCGACUGAACUAGCACCAAAGUAUUACUGCUGCCUCUAACUGCAAAUAACACAAGGAGCAGACUUGCUGAAGGAGAUGAUGACACAUUCCUGUAGUUACUUUUCCAACUAUAUUGUCAUUUUCCAUGUUAAUCUUUUUUCCUGUCUCUGUGGAAGUCAUGGGGAUGAUGGAUAGGGGAUGUGUCUCAGUCUGCCACUUGACUGCUGGAAGUUCAGUGGUUGUUAGUGUCACAACACCAUGUGCAACACAGCAGAGGAUGUUCAGCCUCUCUUGUAGUGAUGGUAGGUAGGCAGCAAGGUGCUGAGAUCUUCAAAUACUGUCAGCUGCCCAAUCUCCCAUUCUCUGCGCUCUCUAGGAGAGGACUGGCAUUUCCCCAUUCCUACUGAUGACAGCAAGUCACGGGAAAUGCUUUACUGAGAAGGUUUGUCUCUACUGAAUCACUUCAUCUUUUGUUUCUGUCAUUUGCUGAGAUCUGGCACCAAGUUCUGCUGCCUCUGCACCACAGCCAUCUCCUUCCUCUCCAAUGGUGCUGUGCAAAUGUCACUAGUGCAAAUUCGGGCACUGGCUGUCUGAUCAAAAUUGAGCCUCAGUGCUGGUUUGCACCACAUCCAAUCUAGCCAGACUCUGUGGGGCAGUAGUGUGAUGUACACAGCUGAUCACUUGGGGUCAGACGUGGAGGCUUUGUCUAUCCUCCUGAGUCAGGCAGAACUAUCUCCAUGUAGAAGGAUGUCUGGUAUAGAUGAUACACAUGGAUUUGUCUAUUCUUAUCACUUACCUGUCUGAGCAUCAAUUUUUCAGUGAGAUUGGUGGGUAUCCUAUGCAGGAGGAUUGUCCUCCACUGCCGGCAUAAUAUCUGCUUUGCACUACUGGGGCUUUGUAUCACAAAGCAGGAUCUAACUCAAAUACAGUUCAGCAAACAAAUAACAUUUUUGACUGCACUGUUAAUGCUGCUGUACUACCAAUGAGAGAGAAAUUGAGCAUUUGAGUGCUAGCCAGCAGAACAGAAAUGGAUUUUUUUAUCACAUACUUUUCUUCUGGAAAGAAAGUAGAGGAAACAGCCCAAUUCAAAAGGUGCAUUUUCUGAUUUCAGUUGUUUUCCAACCUCUGCAUCUUUUUUCCUGAACUGUGUGAAGUGUAUGUACAAGUAUUUAUAAGUAAUUUUAUUCUCUGGGAUGUGUAUGCAUAAUAAACUUACUGAGAUUCUCUUCAUAACUCCUUGAACCUGUAAAGUGUCGCUUAUGCUUCCACAAUUAGCUAAGGGAAAAGUAUAAGCUGACUGUGUUUCAGCAGUGAACUAGAGAUAACCCAGAUUAUAUAUAUAUAUAUAAAAAAAGAGUCUUGGAAAAAGCAUUGAAGUAAACAGGUUUAGGACUUUCAUGACAUUUUCAGAUCAAGAUCUUCUCUGAAGAUACAGCAUGAAAGGUAUUUAAUUGUAAUACAUAAUUUCAAUGUAGAGUAUUGGGAGUCAAAGGAAAGGGAGUGAAAAUGCCUUACUUGGAGUAAGUUAAUGUCUCAGCAUAUGUUAAAACUUUGCUCUCCUGGGGAAGCAGGUUGUUAAGCAGGUUGCUGCAUCCUUGCAACAACAUUUUGGGCUGAUGUUUUACCAGAAAAAUUUGGAGGGAAGGGAACAGGAAUGAGAUAAGGGGAGCAUUGGGUUUUUGGAGCUGCUGCUAAGCUUGUCACAUCCAUGCCUCGAGUUGGACAUUUGUGGGGAUUAUUAAGUUCUUGCUGAAGCAACAGAGGAAUUAAGAAAUCUUGAGAUGAACACAGUACUGGGGUGCUCAUGCUAGCUAGCUGUAUUUUGGGAAUUUUGGUUUUUUUGUGGGUUAUCUUUCUUUGCAAUAUUGACUGUGUGUGAAAUGAAAGCUUUGCAGCAGCUCCCCCACAUUCCAGAGGUCCCAUAAUUCUUCCCAUUGACAGAUUGAAUUAGUUAUUGCUAAUAUUGAUGCAGGCUGAGCUUCUGCUUGUGGUCUUUCUUAUGUAAAUACCACUGCCCUUUCAGUCACUGCAUUAACCCCCUGUUUCCUCUGGAAGUGACUGACAAGACUGAAUUUCCAGGAAGAUUUCCAUUCCAUGGGAACCUUGGCUUACACUUGGCACCAGUUGAUAGACUUGGGACUCUGUGCUCCCCUGGCCUCCAUCCUUGUGGACACUGAUGCUGAUGCCUGAUCUCUGCUUCUGUGGGGCUCCAGGUGGGCAGAAGAGCCGUGGGAGGGCUUUGGAGAGUUCAGCAAGCAGAGAAGAAUGGCUGACCUGAAUCUGGGAAUGCUUGGGCACUUGCAAGUCCAGAUUAUGGAGAUGUCCUACUACACUCAUGUUUUCUAAGAUAAUUCAUCCCCUUUCGACAUCACUGUCUGGAAUA